AUGUCUGCACCUUCUGGAAGGCUUCAACCGCAGCGGUUUGCUGCGCUGCCAAACCCAAUCACAGCUGAAAAUAAAUUUUGGCGAUCCUUUAAAGUUCCUGUCGUAGCAAAGGAAUAUAGUGCCGUUAGCAACAUUCAUUUUUCUGCUGAAUCGCCACAUGAUUUUGCUGUCACUAGCGGUACACGUGUUCAAAUAUACGGAGCUAGCUCUCGUUCCGUGAAGAAAACAAUUGCCCGAUUCAAGGAUAUUGCAUAUUCUGGUAAUAUUCGAAAGGAUGGCAAACUACUCAUAGCAGGUGAUGCCACCGGCCUUGUUCAGAUUUUUGAUUUAUCGACUCGCAGUAUUUUAAGAAGCUUAAAUUUGCAUCAAUUUCCUGUGCAGGUUACUAAAUUCUGUCCUUAUUCACAAACUAGUUUCCUUUCAGGAUCCGACGACAAGACCGUCAAAGUUUGGGAUUUGGCUACAGGAGAAGCCCAUCACGACCUUCAAGGACAUGAGGAUUACGUACGUGCUGCCGAGUGGCUAAGUGCUACUCGACUGGUAAGUUCUGGUUAUGAUGGCACUGUCCGAUUGUGGGAUACACGUUUGGCACAACCUGAAGUAAUGUCAUUUAAUCAUGGAGACUCGGUAGAUGCUAUUUUACCUCUGCAGUCUGGAAGUACUAUAGUUUCUGCUGGUGGACCUUAUGUUAAGGUUUGGGAUCUGGUAGCUGGUAAAUCAACGGCUGCUAAGACGUUGACCAACCAUCAAAAGAGUGUUACAUGCUUGGGCACAAAUUCAGACAACACUCGUCUCUUAAGUGGUGGUUUGGAUGGCCACGUUAAAGUUUACGACGUUGCUGAUUGGAAGGUUGUGCAUGGUAUCAAAUACUCUGCUCCUAUCUUGUCCUUAGGUCUUUCUCCUGAUGAUCGGAACCUCGUCGUUGGUAUGACCAAUGGUGCUUUGUCCCAGAGGACUCGCCGGGUGAAUAAGCAACCUACCACAAAGACGCCUUUCCUUUUAGGUGUCGGUAGUGCCUUUGGUGUUGUUCAGCGUAAAAAAGACGUUUACAAAGGUGAAAAUGACGAAUUUUACGUUGAAGAAGUUCGCCGUAAAAGACUUCGUCCCUUCGAUAAAGCUUUGAAGACUUUCAACUAUGGUGAUGCUUUAGAUUCGUCUCUAGAAAACGGAUCUCCAAUUUUAGUGAUCACCAUGUUAAUAGAAUUAUUGCAUGUGGGUGGUUUGCGUAUAGCGCUUUCUAACCGCGAUGAUCUUUCUCUAAGUCCUCUUUUGAAAUUUUUGCGAAAAUAUAUCCAAGAUCCCCGCUUUACAGAUGUCUUAGCAAUAGUUGCCAAUACCGUUUUGGACAUAUAUGGAAUUGCUUUGGGCGGUAGUGUCAUGGUUGAAAGUGCUAUUUCAAAGUUUCGUGAGAAGGUUGAGCAGGAAGUCGUCAUUUCUCAAAAAGCCAAUGAACUGGUUGGCAUGUUACAUAUGCUUUCAGCAUAA